AUGUCAGACGUGGAUGAUGAAAUCACGAGGCUCUUCAAGGUGCGUCGCACGGUGUUGCAGAUGCUGAGGGAUCGAGGUUACACUAUAGAAGAAUCUGAUUUGGACUUGAAAAGAGAAGAGUUUGUUCAGAAGUUUUGUAAAGCUAUGAACAAAGUGAAUAAAGAAGCUCUAUUCAUCGCAGCCAAUAAGGGGCCAAAUCCAGAAGACAAGAUUUACGUAUUCUACCCGGAAGGCCCUAAGGUUGGAGUCCCAGUGAUUAAAAAGGACGUGGUGAUGAAGAUGAGAGACGAUAAGGUUCCUCGAGGGAUCGUAGUUGUUCCACUGCCCAUAACUGGUGCCGCGAGAAGCGCCCUAUUAGAGAUCAACAAGGUUCUAACAAUUGAAGUCUUUGAGGAAGCCGAACUGGUCACCAACAUCACCGAGCAUAAACUGAUCAACAAGUACUAUGUACUUGACAAUCAGGCCAAGAAGGAAUUACUCAAAAAGUACACAGUGCAAGACACACAGUUGCCUCGCAUCCUCGUCUCUGAUCCUGUUGCUAGAUACUACGGACUCAAGCGAGGACAAGUUGUCAAGAUCAGACGAAGCGAUGCUACUUCUUUGGACUAUUACACCUACCGAUAUGCCGUUUAA